AGAAAGUAAACAAAGCGUUGAAACAAAACACGUGAUGGCAGAAGACCCGGUUGCGGCUGGCCCCUCACGUGACUAUCACGCAAACACGGGGCUCCAACUUUUGGAAAAUAACCCAUAUAAACAAUCAGAGAGUUUCAAUGCUUCCCGAACUUGA